UAUUUAAAAAAUAUUUCCACGCGUUACACUCAUAAAAAGAAUAUCUGCGGAACUCUUCGUCGGCCUUGUGUGCGAGGGGAAGGGUUUACCAGAACACAGGCUGCUUGAAGCCGAAUGAGUGAGCUGUCAGCUGGUUUUUUGGACAAAAUUAAACGUGUGAAAAAGAUGACAGACUCACAAGAGGAGGUAGAAGGCGCCAUGACUCCACUGCAGCUGUAUGAGAGACUAAAUGCACAAGGAGAACAAGUCAGAUGCUUGAAAACAGCUAAAGCAGAAAAGGCUGAAAUUGACGUUGCUGUUCAACUGCUUCUAAAAUUGAAGACGGACUACAAACACUUGACAGGACAGGACUAUAAAGCUGGAUGUCCACCUCCAGAGAAUGUAGUCAACCAGGACAAUGGAGCAGCAACAGAUGGGAUUGAUGAAGAGGACAAUGUUGACCCGUGGAACGUUUCCACCAGCAAUGCAAAAGGAGUAGAUUAUGACAAGCUCAUAGUGAGGUUUGGCAGCAGUAAAAUUGAGACGGAGCUGGUGGACAGAAUAGAAAAGGUCACAGGACAGAAACCUCAUCGCUUUCUACGAAGAGGAAUCUUCUUCUCUCACAGAGAUAUGCACCAGGUACUGGAUGCCUAUGAGAAGAACAAGUCUUUUUAUCUUUACACCGGAAGAGGUCCAUCCUCAGAAGCCAUGCAUGUUGGUCACCUCAUCCCUUUCAUCUUUACCAAGUGGCUUCAAGAUGUGUUUGACAUUCCCUUGGUGAUCCAGCUCACUGAUGAUGAAAAGUAUCUGUGGAAGGAUCUAGCAAUAGAGGAAUGCCACCGCUUUGCAGUGGAAAACGCCAAGGACAUCAUUGCCUGUGGCUUCGAUGUCAACAAGACUUUCAUCUUCUCGGACUUUGACUACAUGGGUUCAUCUCCUGAAUUCUACAGAAAUGUGGUGAAAAUCCAGAAACAUGUGACAUAUAAUCAGGUUAAAGGGAUAUUUGGCUUUAAAGACAGUGACUGCAUUGGAAAAAUCAGCUUCCCGGCCAUCCAAGCAGCACCAUCCUUUAGCAACUCCUUCCCUCAGAUUUUUGGUGGCAGAAAAGACGUUCAGUGUCUCAUCCCCUGUGCCAUAGACCAGGAUCCGUACUUCCGAAUGACGCGAGACGUCGCUCCCCGAAUCGGUUAUCCCAAACCAGCUCUGCUGCACUCUUCCUUCUUCCCCGCCCUGCAGGGGGCGCAGACUAAAAUGAGCGCCAGCGACGCCAACUCCUCCAUUUUCCUCACCGACACACCCAAGCAGAUCAAGAACAAGAUCAACAAACAUGCAUUUUCGGGAGGAAAAGACACCAUAGAGGAGCACCGAAAGUUCGGUGGCAACCCAGACGUAGACGUCUCAUUUAUGUAUCUGACUUUCUUCCUUGAUGACGAUGAACAGUUAGAAAAAAUCAAGCAGGACUACUCAAGUGGAGCUCUUCUAACAGGAGAACUCAAAAAGAUUUUGAUUGAGACUCUGCAGCCGAUGAUUGCCCAGCAUCAGGAACGACGCAAACAAGUCACGGAGGAGACCGUGAAGCAGUUCAUGACACCCAGGCCGCUAAAUUUUAAAUUGUAACCCACGAUUGCAGCUUUUUUCUUCCAUGAAAAGGUUGUAAUCCCUCACGAUAGGCGUGAAUAAGCAUGACAUUUCCCAUGUUCUUGUCAUCUUUAACAUGAAAUUUGUCGAUUUAUUGCCAGAUUAAAUGUCGUUAAACCAUAAAAUAAUAUUUAUUUAAAAAAAAAAAAGUUAAUUCAACUCUAUCUGCACAUCUGCUUGUCAGCUGUUCAAAUGGUACUGAAAAAACUUCUUUCAAUAACAAAAGUGGAUUAGGAGUAACAAUUAGAAUAAUGGAUUCAAACAUUCAUCAACACAAACGCGGAGGCAAAGUUUCUAAAAUGAAAAUUGGUUUAUAAUUGGUAAAAUUAUUCAACUUUAUUGUCAUAUGUUUAUGUAAUUGCACAUUAAAAAUAUUCAACAACA